AUGCUAGGACAAGCACCCGCCCAGAUCAUUCCAUUUCUCCCUUCGGAAGUAAUGGAAAGGAGUGCAGGAAGUCACAAAGCCACUCAAAACGCCUCCAUCGCUCAUGGCCAGAACGGGGCGAAGAGGAAUAGCAAAGCCAAGGCCACGGUGCGCAAUGCGAUCAUGAAAGAAGAUAAUCUAGGCCUUCCAAAGGGACUCGAAACGUCAUGUGGGAGCCUGGUCGUUCAUUUCCGCUUCGCAAUGUGGGAGAAAUUUGGACUUGAGAUUCCUGUUUGCGCAAUACUAGAUAGGUUCCUACGUCAUUCUUCACCAUUGACACCUGGACGGGAAACGGUAAACCUUCUAAGAUCCCCUGAACUUUGCGUCAAGGGCCUGGAGCAAGAAUAA